CCUACUUUAUGAUUUUCAAUAUCAAAUACAAUUACAUAUUAUUUUGAAAAGCAGUGGGUAUAUUUAAUGAAUGUAUAUUUAAAAGCUUUUCAGAAUUAUAUACCAGUAUAUAUAUAUUUUUGCGUUCAUGGAGGUCUCUCAAGUUUUAGCACUCAUGAUUCAGUAUGGACUAAUUCUGUCAUUUGGCUUUAAAAUGGGAGUUGCCAAUUGUAUUAACCAGCCCUGUACUUGUGCCACACACCUCAGUUAUUUACACUAAGGAUCAGCAAUCACAGUGCAAGUGACACACAACAAGUACACACUAACCCAGUAGUCUGUCCCUCCCAACACAACUUUAUUACCUUCACUCCAGGCACAGACAGAGGCACCAACACCAUGUCUUCCAAAGGCAAGAGAGUCUCAGUGGCUGGCAUGACAAGUCUCAGUAAAAGAGACAGUCUUGAGAAACCCUUACAGCCCCCCAUUAGAGGGAAAGCCUUGUUGGGCAAAGUGUCCUUCAGCAACCAACCAUCCUGGAGCCUGACCGGGCUUCUUGCUGCUCAGAGGAUGACCAAGAACCUGAAGGGGAAAAGAGCAUUGAAAGGAGUAAAAAAGACAGAGAUUGUGGAGCCCCAGCCUCCCUCUUUUGCCUCGCGCCCCACCGAGAAGAUUCAGGUGACUGCCAUGAGACAGGUGCUGGAGAGUUACCUCCCUGAGAGACUUGGCACGAUCACCUACAACCCUGCCAGCGCCCCGUCCCUGGUGAAGGAAGUCAGCGAAGAGAUCAAGGGUCGUGUCAAACGGGUGCUGCCCGCUCGCUACAAGGCUUUGUGUUUGGUGACCCUGGGUGAACGAGGACAGGAGGACAUUAAAGUUGUGAGCCGCUGCCUGUGGGACUCACAUUCUGAUAGCUAUGCGGCUCAUGUCUAUGAGAAUCCAAGCCUCUUCUGUGUUGUAGCUGUGUAUGCUGUAUACUGUGAGUGACACAAUGGCCGACACCUCUUGUGCCACUCAGAACCUCUGGCUUUUGUAUAUGGGAAAACAUUCCCUGGCUAUAAAUAAGGUUUACACUCACUCUAUUUUUCUUUAGUCAGUAAGACAUGAGGUUACAGGUAUAGGGCAAUAUAUAUAUAUAUAUAUAUAUAUAUAUAUAUAUAUAUAUAUAUAUCAAUAUCAUCUAUUCCUUCGAUUCCCAGUGGAUUAUAGGGCAUCCGUGAACACUCUCCUUUCAGAUCUAUUUGUUACUAUUCUCUUGAUCGCAUUCCAUGUUUUUCCCAUCUUUAAAAUUUCUUCUUCCACUGAUCUUCUCCAUGUGGAUUCCAUCCCAGGGCUCUUCUUUCUAUAGAUUCCUCUCCCUUCCUGAGUUUGUGGCCUUUCCAACCCCACUUCUUUUUCCUUAACUGAAUUUCUAUCGGUAGCUGGUUAGUGUUUUACCACAGGAUCUCAUUUGUCAAUUUCUCCGGCCAUUUUAUAUUCAUAAGUCUCCGUAGGCACCUGUUUACAAAAAUCUGUAAUAGGUUGUGUGACCUUCCAAGUUUCACUUGCGUAUAAAAGGACUGCUUUCACAUUAGUAUUAAAAAGGCGAACUUUGGUUCGUUUUUAGAUGUUUUUAUUUCUCCAUAUAGGGUACAACUGAAUAAAUGCUCCAUUUGCUUUCUUUAUUCGAAAAAAAUAUAUAUAUAUAUAUAUAUAUAAUUUUU